AUGAAUAACCAAAACGAUAUUAUGAAUCUUCUAAGAGAAAUGUUUAAUAUUUUACCAAGUCGAGGAUACUUUUAUCAAAGAAACAACAGUUUUUAUGGCUACGUAUGCGAAACAUAUGGACAUCAAAGAUAUGGGGAGAAAAAUUAUUAUAUUUUUACAGUAAACGGAUGGGAUUCUUUCAAUUAUCUUUUUGCAAUCGAAAAUGCAUCGUUCACCGAAUGUUUAAAAAUCAAUAAAAAUCAAAUUUUACACAUUUCAAAUGCAGCAGAUUUUAUUUGUCACUUUCCAUCAAUUAAUGAUGAGGAUUUAUCAACUUCUAAAUUUCUUACAACGUUUAACCAAAUUACUUUUUUCAAUGAAUUUGUGGUAGAAGAAUUACCAAUCCUUGCGACACAAAAGAUGACUAUUGAAGACGAAUACGAAUGA